CCCGCUGCGCCACCGUGCCGACCCUGCCGUGAGAGGUUAAGUGGAUGUCGGGGGUAGGUCUGGUCCCGGUCACUGCCAGUCACUGUGUCCGGAGCUCGCCGAUGCUGGCUAGCCAAGGCGGUGGCCAGCGGUCAUCAGCAGGACCUCCGGCCAGCCCGGGUGCGGGCAUGGAGGGUCUCACCCCGAAGCGGGGGUCCGGUCAGGGGGGGUCUGACUCCGCCAAGAAGCGGCGACUGGUCACCGAGAGCUACGAGCAGAAGGUGGAGCGUAGGUACGAGAACCGUCACAGCCUCUUGGGCCGCAACAAUGUGACAUCGUGCCGCAGUUCCCCACGGCAGCACAGCGCCCAGCAGAACCCUCGGCAGCAGGCCUUCCUCAAGCGCAGGAACCUGGCCCUGGGUGAGGAUGACUACAAGCCCCACGGGGGCAAGAACUCUGUACCAGGCGACCCCUCCAACCUCACCUCCAUCCAGUCAGGUGUGGGCUCAGUGCCAGCCCAACAGAACUCAAUCUCACUCACUCAGAUGUCUCCACAGCUCAGCCCCUCCACUGACGGCCUGCCAUUCAGCAAGCAACUCACUCAGCGGGCAGCAGAAGGCGCCAGGCUCACUCUCCCCAUCAGCCCUCUCACCCAACACAAAGCCAGCACCCACAACGUUCCCACUAGAGAUAAAGCUACUCAGAUGCCACCAGCACAGAGCCAGGAGCUUGGCCGUGCCAUGCGGAGGGAUGCCAGCCAGCAGACUGAAUGCGGUGUCACCGUUCUCGAUCAGGAGAUCCAACAACUGUCAGAGUAUCUGAAGGAAGCAUUGCACCGGGAGCUGAAGCUGAAACAGAAGAUGGCCAUCCUCCAGCAGCUGCUGGCAACCCUGCUACAGGCCGCGGAGAAGUCCUGGAAGGUGCAGUUGGAUGAUGAUGCCUUACGCUGUAAACUCCAAUCACUUGAGGCUCAGCUACACACCUGGGCACAGAAUCACUCGCGGGAUGGCGUGAAGGAGAGCAUGAUGGAUAUGCAGCAGCAGAAGCUCCGGUAUGAGCAGGUGGCUAAAGAACAACUCCAGAGAGCCACUGAGGAGAAAACGGCAGCAGAACGCAGCCUGGACAAGAUCCAGAGAUCGCUGCAGGAAGCAGAGCGAGAGGCUGCCCACUGGAGAGAGGCCUAUCACGGAGCCGUGGCCCACAGUGCGGAGAUGAACAACCAACACUUGCACACCACGGAUCGACUGCACAUAGCCGAGAGCAAGCUGCAGAGAGCAGAAAGUGAUGGUGAGGUGCUGAGAAGUUUACAAAGCAAGCUGGAGGCUGUGGAAAAUGAAACGCACACACUCUUGGACCAAAUCGAUGCCCUUAAAGAAGACAACGAACUCAAAGAAAAGCAGCUUCAAAUGGGCAGAGCUGAAAUACAAAAUGCCGAGGAGCAAAAGCAAGGACUGGGUUGUAUGAUCAGUCAACUGCAGGAAAUGUUACAGAAGAAGGUUGCAGAGGCGGCUGAGCAGGAGAGAUCGGCGCGGCUGUACGAUGAGCUCCGUGCCAGGACAGCACAGCGGGAGGCCACGCUUCAGCAGGAGGUCAGACAACUGGUUGAGCAACUGGAAGGGAAGUCGUGCCAGCUCCAUUCCAAACAGGAGGAGUGCAACGGCCUCCAAUCCCAGCUCGCCACGGUGUGGGACGGACAUCACGCCCAGCUUACACACCCAGCGGCCUCCCGCAACCAGACAGACAGAAUGCAGAAGAGACCUGCCCAGAGGCGCUGUUGUCGAUGUUGGAUGUUCCUCCUGGUGGCUGCAGUGGGAGCAGCGCUUGCAGUACUUUGGGCAAACAUGGACAAAGUUCCUUUUUAAGAAGCUGAAUGAAUGAAAUGACAGCGUGUGACCAACACAAACGUGUAACUGUACUUGGACAUGGAAUUUCCAUCAAAGAAAAGAAACACUGAUGUAUUUUAAAAUCUUUAGAUAUUCAGGUGUACAUUCACUCCAGGUAAUCGAUCAAGUUAUUGGGAACCCCAGUCUGGUUUAAUAAUGCAUUCAGGGACACAAAUCUGCAGAUAUGGUCGUGGCUUUUAGAUAGGCAGGCAGGCAGGCAGAGAUAGGUGUUGCACUUGAGUUUCAAGCAUUUGGUGAAAGGGACGGAGAAGUUCCAGAUCACAUGCUGGCAGAGGAGUUUAGUUUAAAAGGCCUGUCCCACUUACGCAACAUUGCGGGGUGACGCCUGUAUGGUCGUGUGCAGUCGCCCCAAAGAGUCGUACCUUUUUCUGGUCGCCGCUGGAUUUUCAACAUGUCGAAAUUUUUCAGCCACCAGCUGCGACUGUGACGGGUGUUGCCGGCAAGUCGCCGAAAAAAAAUUUGUGUAAGUGGGACAGGCCCUUUACUUAGCAUCAUGUUCGCCAAGGACAUUGUGGGCCGAAGGGCCUAUUCCUGUGCUGGACUGUUCUAUGUUCUAUCAAUAUUUAACAUUGCCUCUGUGACUCUUGACCUACAUCUGAUCUGGUUCAGUUCGCCACUCAGGUUUAAGGAAGUGCAUUAACACCGUGUUUAAGAAGGAACUGCAGAUGCUGGAAAAUCGAAGGUGGACAAAAGUUCUGGAGGAAUUUAGCGGGUGCAGCA